AUGCGGCAUUCGGGACCUCGUGUGCGUAGCUCCGCUGGCCGGCCGCCCCUGGCGCACAACAGAAACCUGUGGCUGGGAAGGGAUAGGCGGGAUGGAAGGGCGGAGCCGAGAGAGAUUGAGCUGGAUCCGGUGAUGGCUGAGCUUCGCGGGCUCAAGGCUGAUAUAUACACCCUCAACAGGAGUCUGGAUGGCAGCACCAUUACUUUCGCCAUGGGGAAGGGAGACCUAGAAAGGAGCAAGACUACAGCAGAAGCCUCUAUUCGGACGGAUCUCCAAAGCUUGGGCCUGUCCGCAACGCCCCACCCUUCUUCCCCUUGCGGUAGAACGGGACGAACCGAGGUCCACGACCACCGCCACGCCCGCGCCCAGGGUGGACCCGACCAUGACCUAGGUCACUCGAGCGGCGGUGCUGCCGCGGCCGCGAGUUGCAGCAGCGGCGUUCGGAGGGACUACGGUGGCGGCGUGAGGGAUGUCGGGGAGUUGGUGCGGCGGGUGGAGGCCUCGACGAGAGCCGUGUCGCGAGAGAAAGAACACAUCGCCAAGAUCCUGCGAAUAGAGAAAGAAAAGACUGCCCGAUUACAAGAAGCUCUUUGGCAGGAAGGGGGAACGAAGCGCGAGUGGGAGAUGCUCACACAGGCCUCUAGCUUGCUCAAACAACGGCUGGAAUCGACGGAGCGAAUCAGGAAUAGGCAAAAGGAGCUUAUCAGAGAGUUGCAAGCUGUGGAGGCCGACAUAGCAUUUGCCAACGCUGGGAACAUGGCGGGAAUGGUUUCGACGGACCCCUUACCCAACCUGUCGCCACCAUUACCACCACCACCACCACGACCACCACCGGCGCUGCCGCCCACCGCACGACGAAGGAAAGCUUCGUCCUCAUCUCUGCUGGCACAUCACCGAGGCAACGACACAGAACGCCACCAUGCCGUCGACGAGAGAUACGGUAGGCGGUCGAGAGGGGGCGCGUCGGAUAGGGCUAGGACCCCCCUGGGAGGGAAGCACGGAGAGCAGCGGCGGUCGCCACCUACAGGGACUAAGUCGGCCAAAAGUAAUGACUUCCCCGCUGGCUGUGCUGCUGCGGUGGAAUUGGAGGACGACGGCGGCGGCGGCGGCGGCGGGACUAGGCUGGGACGAGCAGCGGCGUCGGCAUCAGUCAGGACAGUUGGUAGGGCCGCCACCGUACGACCGGAGCGGCCCCGGCGGAGCGGCGGCCCGGCCGACGGUGCCACGAAGAGCGGCAUCAGCGCCACGGGGGCAAGGAAGUCGAGCGAGGGAGCGGUGGCAAGCAAGGCCAGGAGAACACAAACGGGACGUACCAGUAGCAGCAUCAUAGACUCUUCCUCGGCAGACACAAAGGCGAGGAGGGCGGAGGUCGACCGUAAAUCGAAAUCGGCAACAACGACGACGGCCCAGUCGCGGCAUAGGGCCGCCACCUCUUCAACCCCAGCGGCGGCACCGUCUCGAAACCGUGUGCUUCGUCGACAGGCAUCAACGAAGACAAAGGUUCCGUCAGGAGCGACGUUUGGGGCGCCGACGGCAGCGAGUGCUGGCAAGAUCCGAACAACACCACGAAGGCCGGUGGUAUCGCCGGGGGGCCACGUCCGUGCCACCAAGCGAGCUGGCGACGGUUGUAUCCCGCGUCCGCUUGUCGCCCAGACCAACAAAAAAGCGUCCAGGGGCGGCGGCGGGCAGCUUCUUCUCGAGGCGACGACAACCGCACUCGCUGAUGAACGGCACUGA